GUCAAAAGAGGAAGAGGAAGCAGGACGCGGCGAGGCGGUGCGUGGAGGAAGGCUUGUGUUGCUGCUUGUAGGGCUGCUGGCUGCUGGGAGGGCCUGGUGACAUCUUCAUACCGUUUCCCAGCCGAGGGACACAAGGAAUGCUGCGGGUGACACAGGCAUGACAGCUGGUCCACCAUGGCUGAGAUCAUCGACAUCUCAGAUGACGAGGUUCUGAUUGAGGAAUCCCCUAAGAAAGGUGUUACUCCUGCAUCUCCUGCCACCGCCAACAAGCGCCCAUUCCGUUGCCUCAACUCAGACUGUCGCUCCGAGGAGAAGUUGAUCAAGGCUGAGGAGUAUGUUCGCCGCUACUUUGGGGUGCUGCCUUACCCCAAGAAGAGGCGCGUGUGUGAGACAUGUCACACAGAAGCAGAGUUACAGCAGGAGUCCUUGGUCAACUGCAUCACCUCUGGCAGACUCCUCCUGGCCGAGAAGAUCCCGCCACCCAAAACCACUGUGGUACUGACAGACUCUGACUCUGACCCCUCAGAUGCCUCAGCCUCAGAGGCGGAGUCUGACUAUGUAUAUGAGGAGGAUGACCUCACGCUGGAGAAGGAAAUCUUGGCGUUGACGAAGGAGCUCGGCCUUGAUCGGCAAAUCAAGGAAGGGGUCAAACACCUGGAGGACACACUGCUCAAAAUACAAGGAAGCUUUAAUGUGUUGGAAUCUGACUACAGCAAAACAGAGACAUCACUUGACAGUGUACGCAAAGACUUCUACAACACUUUCCGCUUUGAUAUUAUGUGGCAGCCACCGCUGGACAUCGGCCCAUCAAGUGUCCCAUUCCCACCAGAAGGGAGUGGGGAGGUGAUAGCCGAGCCGUCGGUGGUGGUGCCCAACGCGAAUCUCCCCCCCGUGGGUCCUCUGCAGCGGUGGGAGUUGGCCCCUAAUGAGAUGGUCUACUCCAUGAAAUACUCACUCUACGCACGUUGGGUCCAGGCACAGGUCAUUGAAGUGGAGCGCAGGGAACCCAAGGACACAAUCUACCGGAUACGCUAUAACCGCAAUGCCAAAAGUGCUGGCCUGUCCAAGGUCAUGCCAGGCCGCCAGCUGGCCUACUUUGAGUCCUGUGCCACACGUAUACCAGUAGGCACCCGAAUCAUUGCCAAGUACAAGGAUGAUGACCCCAAGAACACCACCAUAUCAGGAUCCUUCUAUGUGGGUAUUGUGGCAGAGAUCCCCACUGCUGCAAAUAAAUACAGGUACCUAAUCUUCUUUGAUGAUGGCUAUGCCCAGUAUGUCAACCACCAAGAUAUCCGUGUGGUGACAGAGGCCUCAGCUUGCUCCUGGGAGGACGUGUCAUCAGACUCACGCGAGUUCAUAAAGGAGUAUCUCCAGAUGUACCCUGAGAGGCCCAUGGUGCGCCUGCAGAAGUGGAACUAUGUCAAAACUGAAUGGAAUGGUCGUUGGUGGAGGGCACAGGUGAAGGAGGUCGACGGAUCACUGGUCAAGAUGUUCUUCCCACCGCUGGAGGGCCGUUGUGAGUGGAUCUACCGAGGGUCCACUCGCCUCAGUCCACUCUUCCACAAGAAGAUGAACAUACAGCAACAAGCAGAACAGCCUCUCCGCACCAUUAGGAGGAGGACGGCAGCUCUUCCCAGCAGGGCGGUGGUGGAGUACGGCACCUUUGGUCAGGGGCAGGACAUGGACUCAGGCUUAGUGCCACCUACAACAGAAGUGUCGGGGCAGCCCCGCUCAGUGGCCAGGAAGAGCACCUCGCGGCCCUCUCGGCCAACCACACCACCCAAGGAGAUACUGAUCAAGGUGGAACAGGAGUCCAAGGGAUUCACAAAUCAACACUCGUUCCCAGAGAAGGCAGUCAAGUUCACCAGCCACCUGUGUACGUCGCAGUGCCUGGGUGCUGGCGACAGCAUGAAGAAGUACAAGGGACUCUCACCACUCCUCCAGCCCCUGCUCUUUGGAUGGCGCAGGCAGUUUGUUAAGAUUUGCCGCAAAACAGUCAACCGCUACGAGAUUUACUACAGCGCCCCGUGUGGCCGGCGGCUAGGCACCAUCGAGGAUGUGUUCAAGUACCUGCUGAUGACUGAGUCCAACCUAGAGAUUGACUGCUUCUCUUUUGAGCUGAGUGUUAUGGUCACGCAUGAGUGGGAGCCAUUUAAGAAGAUUGUUGAUAUUGAGGACUUCAGUAAGGGUGAAGAGGAUGUGCCCAUUUCGUGCGUCAACUCCCUGGAGGAGGUUAUGCCACAGGAGUUGAGGUACUCCAUAGUGCGCAUCCCCUCGGAGUAUGUGCCCCUUGACCUGAACCCUGACUUCCUGGUGUGUUGCGACUGCACUGACGAUUGCAGGGACAAGAGCAAGUGUGCCUGCUGGCAACUGACCAUCAGCAACACCAGGAUCCUGGAGCGUCAGGAAAACCAAUCUGCCGGGUACACCUACCGGCGCCUCUUUGAGCAGGUCCAGAGUGGGAUCUAUGAGUGCAACACCAAGUGUAAGUGCAGUAACCACUGCCUCAACAAGGUGGUUCAGCACCCCCUGAGACUCAAGCUGCAGCUGUUCAAGACGGCCCGGCGAGGCUGGGGCGUCCGCACCCUCCAUGACAUGCCCCGAGGUGGCUUCGUCUGCGUCUAUGUCGGCCACAUGCUGAACGAGGCCAAGGCCAACGAGGAAGGGAAGAUAGUAGGCGGUGAUGACUACUACGCUGAGCUGGACUACAUAGAGGUGAUGGAGCGUGCUAAGGAAGGCUAUGAGGAUGAGGCCAUCACCAUAGAGGAGGACACCACUUACCAGCCUGACACUCAGGACCACGGUGAGGUCACCCGCACCCCCAGGGCCUCAGACUCCAACGACAGCGAUGGUUUCUACAGUGACAACGAUGGUGACAACACUAAGGAGGACACAGACUUCAGCCACCCAUCCUACAUGAAGAAGGGUGGCCUGGGCAAACGGGAAAAGAGUGCCCGGCUGCAGGAGCGGGCAGCCAGACGCUCACGCUCAACCUCACAGCAAAGGAAGGAGGAAAGCAGCCGCUCUAAUUCAGACGAUGAUGUGGCCAAAGCCAAGGCCAAAAACAAGAAGAAGGAAGGGGAAGAGGAUGGGGACAGCAAGGAGAAAGACAGUGAGAAGGAGGAAGGAAAGAAGGAUAAUGAAGAUGAGGAGGAUGCAGAAGAGGAGGAUGAUGAGGAUGAUGUAAAGCAGCGUCAGCCUCAGCCAUUUGUUCCGCGGCAGCUGAUGGAGGCCAACAUAUCACCCCAGAAACCACUCAAGAGCAUCCGAGACUACUAUGGAAUGGACGAGGCUGUGUACAUCAUGGACGCCAAGCGCGCCGGGAACAUUGGACGCUUCCUCAACCACUCGUGUGAGCCCAACGUGUUUGUGCAGAAUGUCUUCGUUGAUACCCACGAUCUACGCUUCCCUUGGAUUGCUUUCUUUGCCAUCAACAACAUCAAGGCAGGGACAGAGCUGACCUGGGACUACAGUUAUGAUGUGGGCAGUGUGCCUGGCAAGAUUAAAUACUGCUACUGUGGUGCCCGAAAAUGUAGAGGCAGAUUGCUUUAGACUGCACAUUGCACAAGGAUGAGAAGAGGAGUGAAAUCAGGAGGUGGGGAAGAGAGGAAAGGAGAAUUAUGGUUGUUUCUCAUUAUGGAAGAAAAUAGAUGUAGGCUACUCAGUAAAGAAAAGAGAAGGGAUUAAGUGGAGAAGGGGUGAGAGAUAAGGAUGAGAAAGUGUUGGUGAAGAAUGAGAAGGGGAACAGUAUAAAAGGGGAGAAGAAUCCAAAAGACAGAAAACUGCCAUUGAAGUACCCAGGAAGAAACAAUUGCCUGGGUGGCAUGGGGUUAGUAGGAGGGUGUGGAAGGGUAGGGUUUGGUAGUAUAGCUGGAGUUUGUCACCUGUUUUUAUGCUUGCUGGGGAUUUUUCAGCGAGGGAGAGCUAAUGAGAGGGUGAGGGGAAGAAUGUAUUAAUGGAAAUGGAAAAUAGAUAUAACAUGCAUCGUGAAAGUGGCCACAGACUAACUUCUUGAGCCCAAAGUCAAUGGGGAUAAAUAUUUUACUUUAUAUAAACCAAAGGUAAAGGGUGAUAAACUGAAAAUGCAACUGAUAUGUGGAAAGGGUAUUAUAACAACAAAUCAAACUGCUAAAUACACAGGCAUUGUGCUGACUUCAGUUGACCGUAAAAGUAAAUAAAUAGCUGUAACUAUAGUGAAACCAGUUUUGCGAGGGUUCCCUCUGGUCCUUUACUCCCCGCUGCUCUGCCACACAGUCCCAACACCUAUUUUUUCCUCUCAUAUGUUGGCGAUAGGUGUUGGGACUGUGUGGCUGGGAGGUGAGGAGGAAAGGGCCCCGCAGGAGCCAAUGCAAAAACAAUCUCGCCAAUCUGGUUUCACUGUAGCCCUACAUGAUGUAAAUUUGUUUAUGUUAGAUGUAAUAUAGAGAAGACUAACUGUAACCUGGAAUAGUUGUGUGUAUGGUGACCAGCUGAAUCCUUGAACUGUACAAAUAAUAAGUAUAAGACUUUGUUUUCAAAGCAUUAAUGUUACAUAUUUCACAAGACUCCUGAAUUAUCAUCAAUUUCUUAACAUUGCACUGCUUAUAUUUUUUUUACUCAAAUGGAAUACAAGUGAGGAUUAAAUAUUUAUUUUCUAAAUCACUGUAUGCAAUGAAUAUGAGUAAGCAAAUAAAAAGAAUAAAGCUA